GACAAGCUUUUUGACACUUGUUAAGAAUAAAGAAAUCGUUUACGAUAACAAUUAACAUUUCAAUAACAACAUGUUCUCUGUGAUACAAUUAAAUUUAAACAGCGAGUAUUUAACGUUUAAUGCGAAAUUAAUAAUGAUGUGAAUUAAUAGAUUAUGUGUCUUGUUAAUUAUGAUGAACGGAACAAAUAGCACAAUUGUACCAAAUUCUGUGCUCAAUACUUCUACCAAUAGUGUAAAACAGGAUGCGACUGACAUGAAGGUCGAGAAUGUAGGCAAAGCCGCUACAUCGAAAGAUAACACACGUGACAGUUCAGAAGAUCUCCUUGAUCUGAAGGGAAAAGUAGAAUCACGAUUAUUGUCUAUGUGGAACAAUGUCAAAUUCGGCUGGACGGUGAAGUUAAAAACAAGCUUUUCCAAAGAAUCUCCAGUGUGGCUGUUAGGUCGUUGCUAUCAUCGUAAAUUAAGUCCUAGCGGCUCUUUAGAGUCUUCUACUGAAAUUGGUAUGGAGGCUGGAGCUCUUGAUCCUAUGGAACAAAUAUAUGGCGAAGGUAUAGAAGGUUUUAAGUCCGACUUCAUUAGUAAAAUUUGGAUGACAUAUCGUAGAGAGUUUCCUACUAUGUCUGGGUCAACAUUUACGACUGAUUGUGGAUGGGGCUGUAUGUUACGUAGUGGACAAAUGAUGCUUGCUCAAGCCUUGGUUUGUCAUUUUCUCGGUAGAUCAUGGCGAUGGUCUCCAGAGAAAGCCAUUCAGAAUGCUAGAGAAUUUCAGGAAGAUUGUCUUCAUCGAAUGAUAAUUAAGUGGUUUGGUGAUAAAUCAUCUGUUAACAGCCCUCUCUCAAUUCAUCAAAUGGUUAACCUAGGAGAAUCAUUAGGAAAGAAACCUGGUGAUUGGUAUGGUCCUGCUUCAGUAGCACAUUGCCUCAGAGCAGUUAUGGUUGCUGCCUCUAAUGAAAAUUAUGAAUUUGAUAAAUUAGAAGUUUAUGUUGCUCAAGAUUCAACUGUAUACAUUCAAGAUGUGUAUUCACACUGUAGAUUAGCAAAUGGUUCCUGGAAAUCUCUUAUUUUAUUGGUUCCUGUAAAACUGGGAACUGAUAAGAUAAAUCCAAUUUAUGCCCCUUGUCUCACUUCAUUAUUAACUUUAGAUUUUUGCAUCGGAAUUAUUGGUGGUAGGCCUAAGCAUUCUUUAUAUUUUGUAGGUUACCAAGAUGAUAGACUCAUACAUUUAGAUCCACAUUAUUGUCAAGAAAUGGUUGAUGUGUGGCAACCAAAUUUUUCAUUACAAACAUUUCACUGCCGUUCACCAAGGAAAAUGCCUAUAAGUAAAAUGGAUCCUUCUUGUUGCAUUGGUUUCUAUCUAGCCACUCACCAUGAUUUUGAAACAUUUAUUAACAUUAUUAGUUCAUUUUUAGUCCCGCAGGGUGUCUCUUCAAGUAAUGAGUACCCAAUUUUUACAUUACAUAAUGGAUCUCGCAGUUUAGUCAUGGAUCUCCCAAACGUGAGAAAUUCAAUAUAUGAAACAGAACAUCAUUGGAUGACUCCUAAUAUACAAGAUAGUGAUACUGAUAUGGAAUCAGAAGAAUUUGUUUUGCUUUAACUUAAAAUAUUUAAAAUCCUAUGUAUAUAUAAAAGAUUUAUAGAGAAGAGAAUAUAAUAACCUCAGUAGCAUAAAGCUGUAGUAUGCUUAUGGCCUAAUACUUCUAUAUUAAUAUGACUACAAAAAACUGCAUUUUAUGAGGUGGAUUUUGUUUGUAUACAUUAGCUUAAAAUUUAUCACUAAAUUGUAAUUAACUUAAUUAUUUUAAUGUUAAAGUGUGAACUUAAAGAUAUAUUA